GCACGAUCGCACGCGUCGCCGCGCGUUGUACGGUCGCACUUCGGCAUGUUGAUGUCGUGAGCCGGCAACAUGGACUUCCAGAGUGCUAUGGAGACGUUUGCCGAAGCGUGGGCUGCGGCCAACACUGUCAAGUCCGAGGUGCCCAGCGAUCUGUCACAGUCGCUGUCAUCAGAGCUACGUCGCAGCAAGACGCCGCCGCGGCGGUCGCCAGAAGACCGCGCGGUGCCGCGGCCGCCGUCUGCGCCGGCGCAUCAUGACCGGGCGCCGCACACGCCGCACACUCCGCAUACCCCGCACCUCUCUCCCAAGAAGGAGGCCUUCAACAACCUGCUCAACAAAGGCAUCUCUGGCAAGACCCUGCCGGUGCACUGUGUGGUGGAAGCAGUAUCUUCCCUGGAGGAGGGUGCAUGGCGUCGCCGCUCGGUGGUGGAGACUGACAGCUACGUCAUCAUCCCCGCAGCCACCGCCUUCCACGAGCUGGUACCAGCUGCCAUGAUGCGGCUCGGGUACCCGCACGAGCUCGCUGCUUCUGCUAAAGGGUCAGUGGUGCUAAACAAUUGGAAGCCGUUGCCGUUCGAGAAGAUCUCUGACGGUCCGCUAGCGACCGUGGGCGAAGUGUUGGGCGAACUGACGACUGUCGCAACACUGCGCAUUCAACUCCUGCGCCCGCGGCCCACGCCGCUGCAAGAUAUCAAGGACAAGCUACUCAGGCUACUCCUAGUGCAGUCCCGGCCUCUGCUUAUGUCCACUGGAUGCCCUUUGGAUGAGGUGACCCUAGCACAAAUUUGUCGCGGACAAGACAGGACACCGGGGCCUCACAAUUUCCAUGAACCCUCCGAAGAGAUGCGGCGAAAAUUUGAAUCCUGGUGGAGCGCGCAGGUGUCUCCCCGUCCACCACCGUAUAGUCCCCGUCGUUAUCCCUCACCGGGACCCAAGAAUCGUUCACCAACACUAAACUCUAUCCCUGACCAUCUCCACCCGGCCUUACAGACAGUCCAAAGUCAAUAUCCAACACAGAAGACAAGAAUGCGAACAAGUUUCGAUCCAGAGUUGGAAUUACCCAAACUGCAGCGAUGGUUUUCUGAGAACCAACAUCCAAGUAGGCAGCAGAUACAACAGUAUGUUCGAGAGUUGAACAACUUAGAAUCACGACGAGGUCGGAAGCCUUUGGAUGUUAAUAAUGUCGUGUAUUGGUUUAAGAACGCUCGAGCGGCCCAGAAACGUGCCGAACUGCGUAACAUAGGCGGACUGGGAUGCCACCUUGGAGUCAAUGGCUUUAAUAGUAGGAGUCAUAGUCCAACUAACGGUUCCUUAAUGGCAGGCAACGACAGUUAUACAUCACAAGAUCACAGUUCAAUGAAGAGUCCAAUGCAACUAAGUCCAGGACGAUACCCAAUGUCAGUUAUGUCUGAAGACAACUUGUCUAAUGCUGGAUCGGAUUUGGAAGACGACGAUAGAGAACUUAACCCUGAUGAUAGGCCUGAGAGUCCUGAUGCACCACUGUCUCUGAUCACUACGAAAAAGAACAACAAUGAUAAUGAAGAUAUACAACAGGAAUCCCCCAAACCACCUGACAUUAUUAAGGUUCAUGACAUCAAACAGGAGCCAAAGGACUUGAGCAAACAAGAUCAAAAUAACUCACCGCAGCGCUCCCCGGCCAAGAACAGUGACAGCCCGCACAACAAUAAUAAUAAUAACAACAACGAGGACGAGAAUGGAGUCAUCGACGAACAUGAAAAUGCGUCUGACGAUGACGUCAUUCAAGAACGUCAUUACAGACCUUCAUCCCCACACCUCGACCGCCUACCCUUCCCUAUGGUCCCCAAUCACCCGAUGUUCGGGCAUGGGAUCAUGUAUAUGAGCCAGUACAUGAGCGGUUUCCCUGGAGUUGGAGCGGUUCCUGGUGAAGGCGCUAGUGGACUCAACUUAGCACUCGCAGGUGCUUCAGACGAACGACGCAAGCGCAAUCGUACGUUCAUCGACCCCGUUUCAGAAGUUCCCGUACUAGAACAAUGGUUCUCAAUGAACACGCAUCCAUCACACAAUCUGAUUCUCAAAUAUACAGAGGAGUUGAACCGCAUGCCUUACAGACAGAAGUUCCCUCGUCUUGAGUCUAAAAACGUUCAGUUUUGGUUCAAAAACCGUCGAGCCAAAUGCAAGAGGCUGAAGAUGUCGUUGUACGAGCCUGCGUCGCCGGGACAUUACUCUCACCCUGGACAUCCACAUGCUAUAUCGGAACGGAAAAUGGUGUGAACUCAUGAACAUUGUUAAAGAGAGGUUCCGUGAGGAAAGUGUUUGUGAUGUUGGCAAUUCAACACGAAAGACUGAUUUCGAAUCGCUUAUGGUGUUUAGUGCCAUGUUAGUAUUAAUAUGACGGCAUCACUAUUAGAACAUCUUGUAUUAUUCAAUGGACUUCUAGCGCUACAUCAGAGUAGUUUAUAGUCAUCAAUUUGAAUAAUGAAAUGUCUCAAAAGUCAAGAACAUUGUAAGAAUAAGGCAGUUAUAAUAAUAAAUAGCUAUUACAAAACAGCGAUUGCAUCGUAUGUUGAAUUUAUGUACAUAGGUACCUAGCUGUACAAAAUAAAUAAUGUUAUGCUAUCUAAGGACGCAUCACAACUGUUUGUGAACGAAUCUCAAAAUAGUACUCCUGUAUUUGUAUAUAAGUAUUUUACAACCCUAUUUAAUUUAUUAUAAUAUGCUGUAGUUGAUGAAAAUCUGUUAAAUAGCGUAACUUUAAUGUAAUUGGAUACUCUCACCAAAAGUUCCAUUAAAUCAAUUAGGUAUAUGUUAAGUACUGUAGAUGAAGUUAAAGUUUAGAAAGGUAUUCAAUGUUAUAAUGUACGAGUACAUUAUCUGUAUGAUUAUGAGUCAUUUAGUCGUAAUGCACAUAAUUAUAUUAGUAGAUGAGAUUUUUGGAGAUUCAUAGAAAUUCACGAUUUUCAUGAUAGUUGCCGGCUGCGAAGAAUAGUUAAGCUUCAAAUGUACACAGUAAGCAGACCAGGCAUGUCAAUUCCAUCGUUGACUUAUUAAUUACGAAAUUAUGAUUGUAAUUUGUAAAUUCUCAGAACAUUGUUUUGAGAACUUUAACGUCAUCACAAAAGAGUCAAAUAACAACGAGUUCUCCGUAAUAUUUUGAUUGAACGUUGUAAAAUAUUUUCCAAAUUACGCACAUUCCUUUAUUUAAUUUCAAAGACUGCUCACUACUUACUGCUUAGAACUUUCGACCCAAAGAUUGUUUCAUUUUUGACAUAAUAUUUGUUCAUAAUCACAAGAAUUACAUGAAAUUCCCUCAGUACCUAGUUACAUAUUUGUUGAAAGUUGAAACAGUCCGAAGAGACGAACACUAAGAUAAUAAAUAAAACCUUCGCUAAUAAGCAGCAGUUGUUUCCAAGCAAGUUUAGUUCUUACAUAAAUAGAAUCAAAUAGUUCGCACAUUUGAGUAUAUCUUGUUAAGAUAUCGCAAAGAAUCAUCACAGACCGACAGUUGCAGUAUUCAACGCAUUUAAUUAACAAACUUUGAGGCUGUUUAAACGCUCCUUAAAAAUAGCAAUUGUUUUUAUAGUUUAUAGAAUCACAACUAGUUGUAACAUCGAAUUGUUUUGUUGUUCCCAUGUUAUGCUUGUUUUGUGAAGCUGUGAUGAAAUUUCCAAAUAUUGUAAAUAUUUUAUUAAUGUUAAUAAGGUUUUUAUUGUAAACUACGUCACUACGCUCACACGAACAAUUAAGCAUUUACUGCUUAGAUAAAGAUAUUGGCUAAAUGUUUAUUCCAUUCAAUUAUAUAAACGAAAAAUUAAUUGAAUAUAAUAUCUUAAUGAUA